ACGCCCUCUACAAGACAAGUCAAUCGAGCUCUCUUUUUGCAGCUUUCAUAAACACUGUCCUCUGUUGGUGAAGUCCUUAAUUGAGUACUCUAGAAGUGGCUCAUAUUUUUUUUCUUCAAUAUGCAAUUUUUCACUUCUGGGUUUUGUUCUUAAUCAAUUAUCGGCUUUCGUAACCGAAGUUUCGUUAUCUGGGUUUGGGAAGCCAUGGGAAAGGACUCAAAACUGAAAGAGUCGGGGAAGGGUAAAGGGAAACAAGCAGCAAGUGGAAGUGAUGAGAAUGCUUCAAAGGGUAAAGGAAAGGGUGGGAAGGCAGCAGAUGGCCUUGGCACCUGCACCUAUGUUAAAGCAAGGCAUAUCCUAUGUGAGAAGCAAGGAAAGAUCAACGAAGCAUACAAGAAGCUCCAGGAUGGUUGGCUUAGCAAUGGAGAUAAGGUCCCACCAGCUGAGUUUGCAAAGUUGGCUCAAGAAUACUCGGAAUGUCCAUCAGGAAAGAAAGGCGGAGAUCUUGGGUGGUUCCCGCGUGGUAAGAUGGCAGGGCCUUUCCAGGAAGUUGCCUUCAACACAGUUGUUGGAGCAACAAGUGCACCAUUUAAAUCAACGCAUGGUUACCACAUAAUCUUGUGUGAAGGCAGAAAGAACUGAUUCUUUGCAUAGCAGAAUCAGCAGUGGAUAUAAUAUUAUUGUCUAUCCGAAGUCUGGUUUAGUUUUUCUUUUUUGACGCAAGGAUGUUGUUUUCUUUAAUGUAUAAGAUUAUGACGUGGGGAGAUGAUGGUUUUCUGAUUUGCUAUGAAAAUUCUCUCUGAAUCCAUACUUUGCACUUUGGUGGAACUUGUUCUUAAAUAAUUGACGUCCAAAUGGGUUAUUAUUUCAAA